GCCCCACCGCGUCAGGUUAGGUAUAUAGCAUCAGAUAGCAUCCUCAACGACACACAACCUCACAACGACCCGAAGUGACCCAACACUAAGCAUCAUGAGAGCCUUCGUAGCGUGCAUAGCCCUUGCGUUGGUAUCAGUCCACGCCGAGCCCCCAUCCGGCUACAACUACAACCGCCCCUCAGGAGGCGGAAUCAGCGGUGGCUUCAGCGGCGGCUUCAGCGGCGGCCUGAGCGGCGGCGGCAGCUACCGCGCCGUCUCCUCCGGCUACCAGACCUCCGAAGGCCAGAACGUCGACCCCCAACUCUUGGAACAAGUCCGCCAGAUCCUCCUUAAAGAAGAAUCUCAAUCUUCAUCUGGAUCAGGAUUCGGCGGUGGAUACGCCAGCGCUCCCUCUUCGUCCUACGGUGCCCCUGCUCCUUCCUCAUCUUAUGGAGCCCCAUCCUCCUCAUACGGUGCCCCAUCUACCUCUUACGGUGCCCCAUCUGCCCGCGUUGUAGGCAUCGACCUUGAAGGAGUCCGUCAGGCUAUCCAAGUCGCUCAGUUCGAGCAGUCCGGAGGCUCUUCAGGUGGAUACCCAUCUGGACCUUCCUCCUCGUACGGUGCCCCCGCCCGCGCCCCCUCCGGCAGCUACGGCGCCCCCUACUAAGUAACCAACCAAAAAAAUGACAGGGCAGUUCAGUUUUCAGUCACUAAAAAUGAAUGAUCCCUGUCGGUCGACGUUAUUCGUGAGCGCUCUAUACAUCUGUGGGCGCAUGCGAAUGUUUAAAAAGUUCGGCCGGUGGCCACGUACAAUGUAGGUGGUGCCGGUCCGGCCGAGUCGUUCCACCUUCGGCCAACGCCUGCGACUGUGCACGAUCACGGGUUACCAGUUCUCCUGCGAAAGUCACUGCUUAAUUUUCAUCACUCCGGCUCUUUAUCUUUAUUAUAACAAGAGAAAGAUUCAGAUAGAUGGAUGUUACGCAGUGUUUUCGUGGUUGGGCUAUAGAUGCACCAGCGGCGAGCCAGUCGUGACUUUUCCUGUCGAAACGAAGUGGCUUGUCGCUGGACUCGGCUCAUGUCUUGUAUAAAGUAUCAUAAGAUAGCAUAAUUUAUAUUAAUAAGUUUUAUUAUUUUUGUUUACAAAAAAAUAAAUACAUUUUGACACCGUAA